CGUGGGUUGAAGCCGGAGCUGUAGGAGGGAUCGCUCGUAUGUGCGGCAGCGGCGGGGAUUCCGGGGAAACAUGGAGGAGACUGACAGCGGCUCCGGCCGGCUCAUAAGUGACGGAGAUUGUGUGGUACUGAAGAGGCAGGAAGUGUACAAAGCUGUGCAAGUGCAGAGGAGGAAAAAAAUUAUAUUUGAGAAGCAGUGGAUAUACCUGGACAAUGUCAUUGGCAAACAUUAUGGGACCACAUUUGAGAUCUGCAGUGGGGGAAAUCUUCAAACUAAGACGGCACAAGUGACAGCUACAGAGCAGAAAGAAGCAGGGGCUGACAACCGCAAUAUAGUGGAUGAUGGGAAAUCUCAGAAGCUCACUAGGGACGACAUUGAAGCGUUAAAGGAAAAAGGCAUUAAAGGGGAGGCAAUCGUUCAGCAGCUCAUUGAGAACAGCGCGACGUUUCGGGACAAGACAGAAUUCGCCCAAGAGAAGUAUAUAAAGAAAAAAAAGAAAAAAUACGAGGCAGUGAUUACAAUCUUAAAGCCCUCUACACGGAUCCUGGCAAUGAUGUACUGUGCCCGGGAGCCUGCCAAAAUUUGCCAGCUGCGCUAUGAUACCCUGGCACAGAUGCUCACGCUGGGCAAUAUUCAUGCCCGCAGUAAAGUCAUCGUCAUGGAGACGUGUGCCGGUCUGGUCCUGGGAGCUGUAAUGGAACGCCUGGGAGGAUUGGGCUCAGUUGUACAGAUGUACUCAGGCGGGGGCCCCGUCAGAGCAGCAACUGAUUCGUUUGGAUUUCCAAAGUCCUUCUACAAAGGUUUAUGUGAGUUCCCACUGAACAAAGUGGAGAGUCUCCUGACUGGGACCUACUCCUGUCGUAGCAGCUCCUCGGAACAGAACCCGGCACUGGGGAACAAUGAGAUCAGUGAAACCCAGGAGCAGAGUCGAGACAACGGGGAGGACUCCAACUCUGCCCCCGAAUGUGAAACUGUCACAGACACUAAUACACAGGGGCAACUGGAGGCCAUGGAGGUCAGUGGAGAGGGACCAUUAAGCCAAGAGGAGGCCCAGAAACAGGAAAAGAAACAGUUGGCUCUGGAAAGAAAGCGGAAACAAGAUGAGAAAAGGAGAAAAGAAUCGGAAGCAGCCGCUCUGUUGCAGAAUAAAAACGCUGAUGGAUUAAUUGUUGCCUCCCGAUUCCUUCCCACUCCUCUGAUGCUCUCCUUGUUGGAAUUCCUCGCUCCUUCCAGGCCUUUUGUAGUUUAUUGUCAGUACCGAGAGCCUCUAAUUGAAUGUUAUACAAAACUGCGAGAAAAAGGAGGCGUCGUUAAUCUGAAACUGACUGAGACCUGGCUACGCAAUUACCAGGUUUUGCCAGGCAGAAGUCACCCCAAGCUGGUGAUGAGCGGUGGAGGAGGGUACAUACUUCAUGGAACCACAGUAGCAAUGGAUCCUGCAAAGCCAAAUAUCAACACUCAAGAGAAGAGUGAAGAACCUGCAGCCAAAAAAAUGAAAGUUGAGGAAGAGGAGAGUUAACGUUAGUACGACUGGUCCCAUCAUGGUCUCCCGGAGUCAUUUCUGCAGAGCCAACGGUUCACUUGUUUCUUUGUACAUUAAACUAUGUAUAGAUCUAUAUUUCAGUUGACAUUUACAUGUCACAUAAUCAAGCAUUUGGCUUUCAUUUGUGUUCAUAAAAAUAAACUGUUACCGUCA